GCGCGGCGCCCUCGCGCUGGUGGGCUCCGUCCUCAUCGUCGUCCUCUGCUGCUUCAUCGUCCUGGAGAACCUGCUGGUGCUGGUGUCCAUCUGCCGCAACAAGCGCCUGCACCUGGCCAUGUACAUCUUCAUCGGCAACUUGGCCGCCUCGGACCUGCUGGCCGGCACGGCCUUCAUGGUCAACACGCUGCUGUCCGGCAGCACCACCUUCAGCCUGACGCCGGUGCAGUGGUUCGUGCGCGAGGGCACGGCCUUCGCCACGCUGGCCGCCUCGGUGUUCAGCCUGCUGGCCAUCGCCAUCGAGCGGCACGUGGCCAUCACCAAGGUGAAGGUGUACAGCAGCGACAAGAACUGCCGCAUGGUGCUGCUGAUCGGCGCCUGCUGGGUGAUCGCCGGCGCCAUCGGCAGCCUGCUCAUGGGCUGGAACUGCAUCAGCGACCUGGGCGACUGCUCCACGGUGCUGCCGCUCUACUCCAAGCGCUACGUGCUCUUCGUCACCACCAUCUUCACCCUCAUCCUCAUGGCCAUCGUGGGGCUCUACACGCGCAUCUACUGCAUCGUCCGCUCCAGCCACGCCGAGAUCGCCUCGGCGCAGACUCUGGCCUUGCUCAAGACCGUCACCAUCGUGCUGGGCGCCUUCAUCGUCUGCUGGCUGCCCGCCUUCAUCAUCCUCCUGAUGGACGCCUCGUGCCCCGUGCGCGCCUGCCGGGUGCUCUACAGCGCCAAUUACUUCUUCGCCUUCGCCACGCUCAACUCGGCGGCCAACCCGGUGAUCUACAUGCUGCGCAGCAAGGACAUGCGCGGCGAGUUCCUGCGCGUGCUCUGCUGCCGCGGCCGCCGGCCGCAGCCCCGCCGGCCGGGCGUCCCGCUGCGCACGUCCAGCUCGCUGGACAAGGGCCCGGCCGGCGGCGGCGAGCUGGCCACGGCGCCGCUGACCCGCGAGUGCACCACGUCCGUGUGA